AUGGCCACCAAAUCCUCCACCCCCAAGACCUCUCAGUCUCAAACCAAGCCCCAAUGGUACGAAUCGCUCAAGACCUUGCCGGGCCUAAGAUUCAAGGAGAGUUUUGGUGAUACUGGCACGCCGACUAAGACCGAAACGGAAUUCAUCAAUAUUGUCUGCGACCGCUAUGAGAAGCAAAACGAGGCGGUGCAAGGCGACAUUGAUCGCAAGAUCGUCAUUGCCAAUCGUGGCCAUGACCUCAUCACUCUAGCCCUGUGGGUUGCCAAGAACCCGGAGUCCAUGUUUGGCAGUGUGAGUGAAUCUGCCUGGGAUCUCGCUAUGGAGAAGCUCAUCCGCCUGGGUACAUUCCGCUGCGUCCCUUUCUGCGGCAAGGAGAUUGGUAAUGUCAUGAGCACCAUUCUGAACGCACGUUGGGUCCAUCAGGAAAAGCCUUACUCUUGCAAGCCGACUACCGUCCCAGAGCUCAAGCGCUUUCUUCGCAGCCUCGACAGAUUGACCGACUUCGUUCGAGAGACCGAGUUUGCCCGCGCGUACAAGCAGAACCCAACCAUCCCCUACAAGGGUCCCUCCGCCACUGUUGUCCAGAAGACUCCGAUCGCCAAGAACCCGGUUCUUAGAGUUCGAUGGGAUGGUGUUCUGGUCGGCGGAACUCCGCAAAGCCCCGUUGCUUCUGGUGCAACUCCCAAGAAGAACGACCAGAGCGCUGCCAUGGAGAAGAUGCGCCAUGAGGUCAACAAGCUGCGCGCUGAGAACGAGGCUCUUCACACUCUACUUGCUAGAUCUCAGGACGAGAAGGUGGCUCUGCAAUGGGAUCUCAUCAAGGCUACCUCUCGUGGAGCGGAGCUCAUGACGGAGCUGCGUCGCAUGUGA